AAGUUGCCUCUCCCGGUGCGUGACCCCGCCGCCGCUGCUGUGCCGGCGCUCGGUCCCCGCGGCCCCCCCGAGCCCGCCGGGCUCUGCCGCCGCUGCAGAGAGCGGCACCGGCACCGGGCAGCGCCGCAGCCCAGCCCCUGCGUGCGGGCGGCACCGCGGGUUCCCCCGCCGGGAGGAGGAUUGGCCCGGAGCGGCGGUGAGGGCCCGAUUCCACUCCCGGAGCAGAGCUGGAUCCGUAGCGAAUUCCCUCGGAGCCGGGGAGAGAAAGCACGGACUUGCCUCCAGCCUCCGCAGCCCCCUAACAAGCGUCAUCGGGGCUUUUCCUCAGGCGAUUGUGCUCAGAGAAUUGCAAGAAACAAUAAUUUAUAAUCACCAUCGGUAUUGAUUUUAUCUGCAAAUAGAUACUGACAUAUAAUGAAUAGCAAACAGCACUCCAAGUGUAAUUCUGCCUCUGCUGAGAUCAGGGAAGGGUUCCCGCUGACUUUCCCAAGGCCAGGAUUUCACCCCUGGUUUCUAUUCCUGGCAUCGCCACUGCCUCUGUGACCUUCUGCAAGUUUCUGAGGUUCCUGCUUGCCUAAUUUCCCUACAUUUAAGAUACACUAGCUUAGUGGCACUGCUGCAGUUUAUAUUUGAGCUGUAAAUACCAAGCACUAUGGAUUUCUAGUGGGUAUCAGUGUUUAUUCCUGCGUAUGUUUCAAUGUGAUGGAGAAGGGGUUGCUGGCAGCCACAGCAGGACAAAUUAUCGACCUGUUCCUGCAAACCUCGUGCCCCCUGACUCCCAGCUAAUUUGCCAUUUAUGGGGAAUAAUAAUCACAGAUAAGGGCCAGACCGUGGUGUGACUAUGCUGUGUGUACACAAGUACACAGAUAUGCAAUACUGCAUGUCCCUUUCAGACACAUCGUUGGGAUGGAGGGUUUUUCUUGGGUCACAGCUCUGGGAUUCUGAUUUACAUUGAACAGCAGACUUCCAGAGUUUUGCCCUGGAAGUAAACUCUCGAUCAACCUGUCUGUGCAAAGGAAAUCAGCUCUUGGUAGACUUGCAACUGAAUUGGUCAUUGUAGCUGCUCCAAGAGGCUGCUUCAGUCAUUUUGGUUUGUGAAAUAAGAAUUUGAUAAAUUGGGAUGAAAUUGUAAAUUUCACUGGGGUUUUCCACCAGCACUUUGGAAGAAGCGGCUGAGAUCAGGAGUCCCAAUAUCCUUGUGCCAAAGGUCAUGGUUGCAUAGUGAAAGGACAUGAAGUGUGGAAAAAAAACGUGUUUUAGAGGCAGGUGCACAGGAAGGCUCAGCAGCUGAGACCAUGCCCAUGGUCACUCCCCAUGGGGAACUGGAGGGGGCUGAGCCCAGUGCCACCUCAUCGGUUCUGUGCUCAAAAUCUUGGGGGAUCAGCAUGAGAACCUCGUUCCUGGAAAGCUCUUGGUGGUGGAGCAAAGCCUGUGGAUGCCCAGUCCCCAAAACUGGAGAGAGCUGUUUAGUCAGAGCUCUGCAUGGAGCAGGGGCCGGCUCAGGCUGCAGGUGUCACCUUUGAACAGGGGCAAGCCACACUGCUCAGCUGACUGCUGCCUCCUUUGCUGCUGUGUGUGCACGUGUACAACUCUCAGAAGCCCAAGGGCACAGAGCAUCCUUCAAGCUAAAGAGGACUACUAUCACUUACUCUUGGCUUUUAUUAUGAAUGACAUUGUAUACAUAACUCAUCAAAAUCACAGAGUACAGUCACUGUGAGAGCUUCCACCACCAGCUGCCUUGGGAUCCUAGAACUAGUCUGGAAAGGAGAAGUAAUGGCUACAGCAGCAAGGGAGGGAUCAGAGUGGGGGCACCAACCGUGUCCCUACUCGCUGCAGUACAACCUUCCUUUUGGGAGCCACACACCCAGCUGGGGCAGGGGUGGUGGCAAGGACAGCCCACUCACCAUGCUUUGGCUCUCAUGCUUGUGGCACAGGGUGAAAGUUCCUGCCGUGGUUCACUGCACAGGCUUUUGGUCAUCACCAUUGUGGGUGUUCUGAAGCGUCAGCACAGGGAAUUCUGGUGUUACCAGCUGGGAGCUGGUGACCCUGUAAGUGUUAAAUCAGCCAGCAGCAGCAGCUAAUCCUUAAUAACUCCCAACACAACCCAGAAUGGAAUUGUAUGAAAUGACAGAAGGCACACAUCAAACUAAAGGCUCAGGAUGCUGCUGCAAUCCCACUUGCCUUCAGGAGCAUUGGAGGGAGGAUAGCAGCUGUUGAGAGUUUGGUUCUGAACUCCUUUGGGGUAAAGGUGGACACUGUCCCAGUGAUGCAAAUGCUCAUCUACUGCCCUCAGGUAAAGUUAGGGACACUCCAACACUGAUGUUACUGAAGCCUGAGGAUGAGAUUGCAUCUUCCUCAACAGCUCUGGCUCUUGCAUCAUCACCUGUGAGGCAGAGCUGUGUGACCUGCAGAGAGGACAACAUGGCCCUCCCAUGGGGCUGCAAAUGGUGAACAGAAGCAGCCUCAAGUACCUGGAGUCUCUGGAGAGCUCUUCCCCUCACUGCUCUUGGGCAACAGCACAACUGUUUCCAGCAUUGUCCUCAUUUCUCGUGACAGCAGCUCCUGCCCUGCUUGCCUCUGUGUCCCACCCCUGCCUUGCUCCAUGCCCUUAGUACUGGUGGGAGGUUCAUGGCUAAAUAAAACAAGGUGCUCGCUCCCUCAGGUAGGGCUUCAGAUGUUCCUGCCACAAGCUGAGAGCUGUUUCUCAAGAGAAAACAUGAAAGCCAUGUUGGACAAGCAAGGCUGAUUCAAACCCACUAAGGAUUUCCCAUUGCAAUUCUGGAGACAGACUUCUCUUCCUGCAUACACAGGCCUGGACUGUGAAUUUGGUUGCGAUGGAGACCGUGUCCCUGGAGCACCAGAUCCAGAGUGUGCAGCGGCACAUCGCUUUCCUGAAGAAGGAGCAGAUGGAGCUGCUCCAUGACCUGCACCUGGAGAUCCUCCGCUUGCAGAAGCACUGCUCAGAGCUUACCCAUGACCUGGAAAUGAAGGAGCUGGAGGCCCGCCAACAAGAUGUCCUGGACCGCGAGCUGGAGGAGAAGUGCCGGGCGAUGGAGGCCCAGCUGCAGGAGAAGGAGAAGGACAACCUGGAGCUGCGCAAGGAGCUGCAGCACAAGGAGACGCUGGUGGCUGCGCUGCGCUCCAGCCUCCGCAGCAAGGAGCGCCGGUUCCUGGAGGAGCUGAAGCGUCGGAGCCACCGCGUCACCAUCCUCGACACCGAGCUGCAGAAGCAGACGGAGGCGGCCGCCUACCUCUCGCUGCAGCUGCACGCCACGGCCCAGCGGCUGCCGGGCCCCCGGGCGGGCGGGCGGCCGCCCCCCGAGCAGCCCCCGGCCGAGGCUCGGCCCCGGCGCCGCGGCCACAGGGCGCCCGCCCGGCGCCCGCCCGGGGACGGCGCCCGGCCCAGGGACCCUGCGCAGGAGGAGCACGAUGCCAUGCCCGACCCGGCGCUGUUCCUCUACACGCCGCGGCCGCACGGCCCGCAGCGCCCGCCGCCGGAGCCCCCGGGCCUGCCCCGAGCCUCGGCCGGCGCCGCCGCGGCCUCCCGGGGCCAGCGGCCCCCCCGGCAGGAGCCGGCGGCCAGGGCCAGGUCGGCCAAGGGCGAGCCCAGCAAGAGGCACGGCUCCGGUGCCCACGGUGCCCACGGUGUCCCCCGGGCCCAGGAGUAGGCGGCGAGGGCACGGCGCGGCCCGACCGGCCCGAAAGGCCUGAGCGCGGCGGCACCGGGCGGCGCCGGCCGAGGCUCCUUCCCCAUCCCCUCGGUGGAGGGGAAGGGGCGGCCGAAAGCGGAGCCCUGCACGCGCCUCCCAUCCACCGGCAGCCAGCGAGGGUCCCCGAAAGGUCUGAGCCAGCGAUGUCACCGGCAAUGCUGCGGCACAGGGGAGCAUCCAGCACCCGGGCUCUGAGGGGCACACGUCCGAGCGCCUGUCCAGAGCUUGCAAGGAAAAAAGAAAGAAAGAAAGAAGAGGAAGCAUUUUUGAAAUGAGAUUUUCCUGCUGCUGCUGCCCUCAGAGUGGGCGCCGGGUUGCUUUUGCUGGCCCGGGGUGCUGGGAGCGGGCACAGCGGCAACAGGCUGUGCAGCACAUGGCACCGCGGCCUGAGCCCAGCCUGGCAUCCCCGGCACCGGGCACACCGCCAGCAGGGCUCUCCAGAACGCAGGCAGCUGAACGAGAUGGAUCCUGUGGGUGACGGAGGGAUCCCCUUCCACAAGGACAGUGCUGCUGUGCUGGCCAGGCCCUGUCCUACGCUCCCUGUGCAGCGGUUUGGCUGUCUCCAACACGGAUGUCCCCUCAUACGGUCGCACACAGGACUCGGACAAGGCAGCUGGACAAGUGCUGAGACUGGCCAUCCUGCUGGACACUCCGUGGCUCCUUGGCUGCUGCAGCCGGGCUCCGCGUGCUGCUGGAGCAGGGCUGCAGCCUGUGCUCUCCUCGGCACCAGCACUGUGGUUCUCAGUCACAUCCACAGCCCGGUCUGGGCUUGCUGCUGAGGGCUGAGCAGCCCCCGGUCCUGCCGUGGUGCCUCCCGUCCUUCCCAGCACAGCGGCCAUACACAGCUGCCUUCGCCCCGCUGGGGCGGCCUUGCCCCAUUUCCACCAAACUCUCAGCUCUACAGUCCCUCCCUGGGUGUUGUGAAACACCGUUAGGAGGGAAGGGCUCUGCCGGCCAGGCAGGGCAAAGGUCACUGUGCCGCGGUGCUGCUCAGGGCAGCUCAGGGGGCAGGUUUCACCCUGGCGUGUGCGCUGCCAGCCUGGCUGGCCGGCCGGCACCGGCCCCUGCCUGCAGCCUCCCGCAGGACCUCACUGCCCCCGCGGCUGGUGCGGGCAGGAGGGAGCUGCAGGGUGACAUCAGACCCUGUUUCCUUCCAAUUCAGUUUGAAACCUCUUGAAAGACAUCACCCUCAUAGACUAGCGAGGCUUGGCCUGCCCGCACUCACCCUGUGUGCUCAUGCAGUCAGAGCUGUCUAUUUUUGUAGUUCAAUAUUUAUAUACUCUAUUAAAAUGCUUUAUGAGAUUGACAGCAGCAGUCGCCAACCAGCUCUUUAGUAAAAACAAACCCCAAAGCAUAUGAGCUGCACUAGCAGGGCAGAAAUUAGUGGCUUUUGUACCUUUUCUUUGGCUGUUAUGUAACUAGCCAGGCUUUGGAGGACAAGACCCCUCGUGCUCUCCCAAGGCAACCCCUGAGGGUUGGGACUUCCCAGCUGCUCCCGUGCUCCCUAGAACACCCCCUGGGUUUGGGAAAGAGCCCAGCAAAGCUACGCUGGGCAGGGCCCCCCUCACAGUGCUCAGGCAGCAGCCUGGCUUCCAGCCAGGCUGAGGUGUGCAGCUCCUGGGGCACGGAAGCUCUAGUGGGAGAUGUGUGCAGCCCCCGAGGUAUCUGGAGCUGCUGCCUUGGCAGUGCAGAGCCCCAGGAGCCCCCAGCUCUCCUUCCAGACUGUCACAGCUGUGGCAGGCUGCAGGGAGCAGUCAGGGUGCUCACAGGCCAUCCCUGCAGAGCUCCACGUGCCCAGGUUGGCAGCACAGGCUGGGCAGGUGAGGGGCAGCACGGGGGCUCUGGUAACGCCCGCUGGGCUCUGACCACCAGGAAUAGUUACAUGAGGGAGAAAAGCCCUGAGCUCCCCGGCAUCCCCCUGCUUCCCUCUGCACAGUGACCCAGGCAGGCUCUGCCAGGCCCAGCUCGGGGUGAGCUGGGUGUGCUGGGGCCCGGCUGUCACCCACCCACAGGGGCACGGAGGGGAGGUCUGUGAGGGGAGCAGCCCCAGGGCUCCAGCAGCGCAGUUCCGGGAGUGUUGUGCUGGUAUUGGCCUCUGGAAAUAGCUGUUUCUCUCGGGUUCUGAGAGGUUCUACUGUGGAUUUGUCUCUCCUCUGGUAGGGUGUGAGAGGCGAUGCCUUUCCCUGUGUACUCGGCUGUUGCUGCAGCUGUGGUGUGCACAGCUCCUUCCCGUCCUUCCUAGACAAUCCUGAUAGACACAGUAUGUUGCAUCCUUAUUACAAACUUCUUCAUGAGAUCAUGGUGUUUAUGACUGAGCAUUGAAAAGUGGAGGGAGAAGUAUGAUCCUUCUCCUGUGUAAAUACCUUCCUAGCAAUCAUCAUCCGUAGUGCCUAGUAUGUAAAUUAAGCAACCCUGUCUGAGCUGCAGGGCCCUUUCCUCUCCACCAGUAAUUAGCAGCUUGCUCAAGGAGUUGAUCUCAUUCCAGUCCCCCGUGCAGGUCCCUCCCCAGCUGGGCAGGUCUGGCAGAGCUGCCUGCAGCAAGGGGGGUUCCCCAAGGGAUGGAGAACCAGCACCCCAGUUCCUCCCUUCAUGCCAAUGUAAUGUGCUUGGAGAUGAGUUGUCAGGGUGAGCCCUGCACUUUUCCUUGGGCACAUUUGCCUUGGAGCAGGAAGGAUCAGCUCUUGCUUGCUGUACCUGCUUCAGUCACUGCUGCUUUUCUUAGGGGGGAGGGAAGCUCUAGAGACACUAUAUAUACACUUAUAUAUAUAUAUAUAUAUAUAUAUAUACACACACACACACACACAUACAUGCACUUGUUUUGAAGGGAAAAACUGUAUGAUUGUAAUAGAAAUAAUGUUGAGAUAAAUUAUUUUAAUCUUUGUAUUUAUAUAAAAUGAUCAAAGAGAGCAAAAUGAUCAAAAAAAAAUUCAAAAAGACGGUAUUCCUAUUUUUUCUGAGAAGGCUGCUGGAGCCACCAGGAGCCUAAGAGCCAGUGGGGCCCAGGCAGGGCCUGCCCUCCCCUCCUGGAGUGGGGGGCUCUCGUAGACUCCCCCUUAGCCUGUAAGGUGUAGCAGGGAUCCGUAGGUGCAUUUGGUCUGUGCUCUGCUCUCCUCGGGAGUCCAAAGGGCGCACCCAGCUCCGACCUGCGCCGCGCACCUGAAAGCACAGACUGAGGAGCACAGCCGCCCACACCGAUGGAACGGGCAGGGUUUGAUGUUCCCUUGUAAAGCUUAAUGAUUAGACUGGAAAUGGAAGCAUAGCAAUAACGCUCGGUUGUUAAACAACGUCUUGUGUGUGUGAACCACCAUGUGCUGAGAGCUGUCUAGAGACUAACAGCCGGGCUCCUCUCCUCUGCACUCCCUUCUGCUCUGUAGCUCUGCAGAGGCUUAUGGAUUUGAUGUGUUUGGUUUGCUAAUAUCUCUUAUUAUUUUUCCUAAUGCUAUCUGAGAAAGUGACGUCUCAAAUGCACCUUGCACUAGGUGUGAGGUGAGCAGUGGAUGUGGGAAGAUGCACCCACAGCACUCGCUGUGGCAGAGCCAGUCCUGGCAAUGGGGUGCGUGCUCCCCUGGACUUAUUUAACCCUGGGCAGAUUAGUCAGGAAGUUCUUCUUCUUGACCCUGUUAACUAAAAAGCCAUAUUUUCUGAAUGUGUUUGCUGGGGCUAAUCUAAGCACUCCCAGCCAUGUCCUUCCCAUCCCCAUUAGGCUCCCAGCUUUCCCACUGCAUGGCUCUGUGCUGAGACAGUCUGAACUGGGCCAGGCCCAGGAAAGGAAUCUUUCUGUGAAUCGCCUUAUGGCAGGCCAAGCCAGGCUCAUGGCCCAGCUGAUGGGUGCUCUGGAGGGACUGAGGGGUGCUCUUUCCUGGGUGCCCAGGAGAGGUGGCAGUGGCUCAGCAAGAAACAUCCUGCCUGAAGUGGCUGGAGCCAGCAGUGUGAAGGGAGUACUCUUUUCCCAAGUUCUCCCCAGGCUCUCCACACUGGGAAGGUAAAUCAGCAGCACAACAAGGGACUUUCAUUGUUGGGGGUUAGGUGAACCUUUCAGAGUCUUUGUGUACAACCUUGUGAACUGGCUGCUGCUGCCCCAGUGAAGCCACACCAUCCUGCCUUUCCUAGAACAGCAGCCCCGAUGAGCCAGUCUAGCUGUAGUGACGCCGCAGCUGCCUCGCUGCACGCCUGUUCUUGUCACCCUCUUGCACUGCCGGUGCCUGGCUGCCAACAGGACGGGAGAGAACUCCCUUAUGCCUCUGGGUUGCCUCAUGCAGGCAUCUGAGAUCUGUGGAUGAGAUCAGCAGUGCCGAGUGCCGGCUGGGUGAGCAGGAGGAGCUCAGGAUCGAUGAGCACAGCAGCUGUGGAGGAGCCACCAGACACCACGGCCAGUUAAAGCACAAGGAUCAAAGCACCGUGUGCCCUCACCAUCAGAGCUGCCCUUUGCUCCCCAGGGCCCCAUUUCUGCCUCUGUGUCCUCCUUGCCAGCUGUGGCCCUGCAGGGAUGCUGCUGUCCCAGCCCCCUGGAGGGAUGGUGCCUCUGGGCAGUACAUGGAGGGUGUCACUCGGCAGGGCCACCACAUCCAACCCCUUCAUCUCACCCUCCCUCUCGCACCUUCGGGCAGGAACAGGGGGCGAAGCUGCCGGGGUGUGUGAGAGGUGCACCCAACCCACGCCCAAACGGUGCCUGGUCCUCCCUGGCCAGGGUGUGGUUAUGCCUCCUGGCUCUUCCCAAUAGAUUUCAGUCAUCUUGCAGCUUCCAAGAAAGCUCCCCUUUCCUGUUGCAAUUAUUGCAGGAAUUAGACUACAGGCCCUGGGAAUGCCCCAAAUCUUUGCAUGUCUGAGGCAGCAGGCCCUUUGUGCCCAGGGGCUGUGGGUACAGCACUGAGCUGCAGCCCCCUCGGCCCGCAAGGACGAGCCCUGUCUGUAAGAUCACUGUCACCUCAGUGGGGUGGGGGCAUCACCUCUGCCUGGCCAGAGCUGUGCCAGGACCCUGGGGAGGGCUCAGGCAGAGAGAUGAGGAGGGCAGCACUUCUGGUCUCAGCUCCCCUGGUCCCAGAGCAGCUGUGGUUUCGCUGGAGCAAAAACAUUGUCCUUGGCUGAGUUUGCGGAGCUCAGUGAGAACAAUAAACGCCUGUGCCUCGUGCUGGGGAGCGCCGCCGCAGAGGGACGGAUGCCAAAGGUUCGACACUGCUCGGCGUCAUUUGAAUGUUCAGUUUGCUACAUGUCACCAUUUUUUGCCAGGAUGAUAUUCUUGUCGACUUUGCUUUUUAACCAAGUGCUUUUCAGAAUGUGUUAACACCCAGAGACUAGAGUAUGGAGCUGUACUUUAGAAGUUGUUGUAAUACUCCUUUUUCUUAAUAAAGAGACUGAAAUCUG